GACUCUUCCAUCUAAUCUAAAACUUCGAAUUCUAUUACACUUCUACAAACGAAACCUCGUGGACUAAGUAACCAAACCAGACCCAACAAAGUUUGCAUAUAAAAACACCCACCUCAAGAAAAACAAAAACAAAAAACUCCGAGAGACAGAGACACAGAUCCAUUCAGAUAAGAAGAAGAAAGAAGAAGAAGAAGAAGAAGAAGAUGAAGAUCACUGUAAUGACUGCAGAUGAGCAAAUCAUUAGUCUUGACGUGGAUCCUCAUGAAUCUGUUGAGAAUGUGAAGGCUUUGCUUGAAGUGGAGACAAGUGUGCCUCUUCAGCAACAGCAGCUGCUGUAUAAUGGGAAGGAGAUGAAGAAUAUUGAGAAAUUGAGUGCAUUGGGUGUGAAAGAUGAAGAUUUGGUGAUGAUGAUUUCUGCUGCUGCAUCAAGUGCACCUACCAAUAAUUUGAGCUUCAAUCCAGAUGGGUCUGCUGUGAACCCUGGAGCUUUCCAGCAGCAUAUUCGAAGUGAUUCUAAUCUUAUGGCUCAGUUGUUUCAGAAUGAUCCUGAACUAGCACAAGCUGUUCUAGGAAAUGAUCUAAAUAAACUGCAAGACCUUUUACGAGAGCGUCAUCGCCAAAAAUCUGAUUUACGACGUCAACAAGAAGAGGAGCUCGCCCUUCUUUAUGCAGAUCCUUUUGAUGUUGAAGCGCAAAAGAAGAUUGAAGCUGCUAUUCGCCAGAAAGGAAUUGAUGAAAAUUGGGCCGCUGCCUUGGAACAUAACCCUGAAGCUUUUGCAAGGGUGGUUAUGUUGUACGUGGACAUGGAGGUUAAUGGUUUCCCAUUAAAGGCAUUUGUUGACAGUGGAGCCCAAUCAACAAUAAUAUCAAAAAGUUGUGCUGAGCGUUGUGGAUUGUUGAGGCUUAUGGAUCAACGUUAUAAGGGCAUUGCUCAAGGAGUCGGUCAAUCUGAGAUAUUGGGUCGCGUUCAUGUAGCUCCAAUCAAGAUUGGGAAUAUAUUUUAUCCUUGCUCAUUCACAGUAUUGGAUUCUCCCAAUAUGGAAUUCCUCUUUGGGCUUGAUAUGCUCCGGAAGCACCAGUGCAUUAUAGAUUUAAAGGAUAAUGUUUUGAGAGUUGGUGGUGGAGAAGUUUCUGUACCAUUUUUGCAAGAAAAAGACAUCCCAUCACGCUUUCUUGAUGAAGAAAGGUUGUCCAAGCAAGCAUCCAGCUCAGGGACCCCAGUGACAUCAGGAACAACAGAUAGAAGCAAUAUUGUCCCAACAGGAGGGUCUCGUGGAGAUAUAAGCCAGGGACCUGAUUUUGAAGUCAAAGUGGCAAAGCUUGUUGAGCUAGGGUUUGGAAGGGAAGCUGUCAUACAAUCUCUUAAAUUAUUUGAUGGAAAUGAAGAUCAGGCAGUAGGGUUUCUUUUUGGGGGUUGAAGUUAACAUUUAUUUUUAGACUUCAUUUUUUCUGGAAUAAUGUUUGGUUCGGUAAUGUAAUUACAAAUUAACAAAUUGAAAUUUGUGUACUUGAUACUGACAGCAUUCCUUUAAAGCUAUUUUGAACCCUGAAAUUGGUGUUGUAACUUGCAAUUCAAAUGAGAGAAAGUAAACAAAUUUCAAACUUGAGCUUUUA